GAUGUGUGGAUUAAUUCAGACGUAGGCAUCUGAUAACCUUUUAGCUUUGAGUUUUGCACAAUGAAAUAAACACGGGAAAGUCUAAACAAAACUGUUCGAACAGUUAUGAGAAUUAAUCAGUAAGCGUUCGGGAAUCACUUGGAAAAAAUGGUGGUAAAAACGUUUUCGUUUAUUUUCUUUACACUUGCUUUAGUUGGGUUAGGCCAGUCGAAGUCGUUUGAGUGGGACUACAGUGGUUUGAACUCCAAUGAAGUUCUUUCUUCGAACAUAGCCAAUGAGAUCGGCAACGCUAAUCAAAGUGAAAGUGCUGAACAAUUGACACCCAAGGACCAACUUUUGUAUUUCACAUUGAUUGCUUUCCGUGACAUCUCGCAGAGCUAUGUGGAUCGAGCAGCCAACAUUAGUCACAGCAUACUCAACGAUGAUGAUCUUAAGCCCAAUGACAGCCCGUUAAUUAAGGAAUUCCUUAAAAAUAUCACCGAGUUCAUGGAACGGUAUGAGAAAUACGAAGAAAUAGAUGAACUUUUCAAUUUGGUGGAUUUGUAUUCGAACACUACUUCGCAUUAUUUUGAAUUGGAUGCGGCCUUAGCUAGUCCGGAUGUGUUGAAUAUUGAAAGGAAACUAAAGAAAUAUGGUUCCGAUGAUUUGGACAGAGAAUUUGAGAAAGAAUUUCUCCGGUUUGUUGAUCGGUUCUACGAACAAAUGGACGAGUACAAGGGGAAGCUUAGUGAGGAAGAAUUAAAGAAGGAAAUGGCCAUGUUGCAAUGGUUAGAAGAAUUCAAACCCAUAGAAAAUACUGAAGAAAAAAUUAUAUCAUUUGAGAAAUUCUUUCGAUUUUAUGAAGAUUAAAACUGCUGUCAAAUACAUUUUUCAAAUAAUGAAAUAUUCUUUCUAAGAACAAUUAGCAGACGAUAUGACAAUUAGAACGAUAUUUUUCAUAAAAAAUAACAAUUUGCUCAUUGGCCCCUUGCAUGAAAAUUAUAGUGGCUGUUUUAUUAUUAUCAUUUACAAGUUCUGAGUUUCAUGCCGAUGCAUUUUACAACUAAGCUGUUUGGAUUGUGAAGCCAAGAUGCUUGUUUUUAACUCUGGCAACAUUAUCUUAUAGUUGACGAAUUCCACUGGAUUUUGACUGGUUGUACUGAGAUUGCUGGGGUUCUGGUGUGUGUUUCCCUACGAAAAAAACUUACAAAUCUCCUCCAAUUUAUAAGAAAAACGCUAAAAAUUAAUUUUCGUAAGCCACUUCGCGGAGUGGAAUCUGGAACAUGAAGUUGAAUUAGGAAAUCAUGCAAACUAAAUUGUACCCACACUUCUUAAUUAAGAUUAAUUUAAUAGACAAACUUAAGUAAAAAAUUAAACAUAUCUUUUUAAUUGAUAAGCAAACUAUUGAAUAAUAUAAUAAAAUACAAUAUAUAUGUGUAUAUUUA